GCUAACAAGGGGGCUAGCUCGGUGAAACAGUUUGGACCUUUUAGAAAGUGUCCAGAAAAGGAAAAAAAACAAAACAAACAACAGAUGUUGCUUUAAGAAUAAUGGACCGAGAGCUGAACGAAGAGGAACUGCAGGAUUUGUACGCAUGGAUAGACAAAAUACCUCUGUCCCGGCCCAAAAGACACAUCACAAGAGACUUCAGCGAUGGAGUGAUGGCUGCAGAGGUGGUAAAACAUUUCUUCCCAAAGCUUGUUGACCUGCACAACUACAUCCCUGCACACUCCACACAGCAGAAGCUCAGUAACUGGGACCUUCUCAACAGGAAGGUGUUUUCCAAGCUGAACUUUCACGUCCCCGAGGAUAUGGUGAAGAGGAUUGUACUGAGCACCGCAGGAGUGAUAGAGCCUAUACUGAAGGCCCUCAAAGAGAAGAUAGACAAGAAGCUGGAGCACACGACAGAGAAUAUACUGGAUUUGGAGUACUACGUCACCAGGGAUCAGGAGAAACCUCGGACAGACGUUCGUCAGACUGAAGCGAAACUCGCGGCUCAGCUGGCAGGAGAAGAGAUGAAAAAAGAUGAAAAGAUCAGACAAAAAAACGGUAAACCGCAGCACACGGUGCAGUUUUACGCAAACAUGGACCCUACUUACCGACUAAUCCUGCAGGAAAAAGAGCAAGCUGUCAUGGCUUUGCAGGAGACUGUGGAGAUCCUACAGAUGAAAGUAAGCAGGUUAGAGCAUCUGGUUCACUUGAAGGACAUGCGCAUUGAAGAUCUGACGCGGCAUCUGGAGACGUACAAAGCAAAAGGCAAUACAUGCUGAUGCAAACACGAACACCAACAAUGUGUAACACACAUGGACACACGGAGCAUUUGUAAUAUUUAGAUACAACCAUGUAACAUCAACUCCAGUACACUCUUACAUUAAUAAAAAAAGAUUAGUCAAGGCAAAGGAUUAACUCAUAGAAAGUUCUGAGAUUAUUGUCCUACCAGCUCAAAUGCGUCACACCUGUUGAAAUGUACCAGUGGGAUUACAGAUGUGUGAUGUCUUAACACUGUCUUUUUUCUGAGUACAAUGUGUUUUGAUGAAAAAGUUUCGUAAUUCGACAUUAGUAACACCUUUAAUAACAGAUUAAUGUAGGUACAAGUAACACAUUGUCCACUGUUGUUCGUUUAACUAUUUAAUUACUUCUUUGUGAGGUGUGUGUAGAAUUCAUGUAUGUACAGUCUUCUCUGACCUACUUUGCCUUCACUCGGCCCAUUAAUUCUGACUGCCAAGAGCUCAAUAAAUCAACAAG